ACUUUGGACUACACGUGCAGCAUGUUUUCACUUGUUUUAAACAAAUCUACUGCCGCAACGUGCUUAUAAUUUCGUUGGUUUUUUUAAGUUAUUUGCGUAUAAUUUAAAGUUUUGUAGUCAUUAUAUUAUAAAAUUAAGUUAAGUAUUUCCAAAAUAAAAUAAAACGUAAUGGAUUUUAGUGUUAAUAAAUUGCGUAGCUCUAUGCGACUGUUGCAAGAGCUUCUACUCAAUGAGAAUAUAUCAGCCGCAGAUAAUAAAGUGUUGGAAGAAUUUCACAAUGUGACAACUUACACUGAAAAACAUAUAGAACGGCUGCUUAGUUUUCUCUGUAAAAAAUUUAUAGACAACAGAUUCACAACAUCCAUAGCUAUUGCUUUUGAAGAGUAUUUAUUGCUUAUCGUUACUUCUGUCAUGAAUUGUGACGAAGAAGUCAACGCAGAUAAUUUUGGACAAUAUCAAAGAAAGUGCAUAGCACUAAGUAAAAUAAUAAGUUUUUCAACCGAUGUUAAAAGAUAUUCCACAAGCUUUUUCCGUUCGAAACCGGCUCCAUUUGCAGUACCAGAACAGCACAAAAUGUCAAUUCGUAAUAAAAAGGGUAGAUUUGAAGAAGAUUCUAAUGGUGCAGUUGAUGAUUUCGAAAUAAUUAAAUGCUGUUAUAACCUGUUAAUUGCUGACCCAGUGUUUUAUAAAGAGUUAUGGAAUUGGUCCACAUUUGUGGAGGUACUUGUUAGCGACGAGAAAACUAAUGAACUAAAACAAGUUUAUGCCAAUAACAUCAUUGCAUUUUUAACGAAUAUGUCUCCAACACAACUGUCCAAACUAAAUCAAACAAUUUCUGCUGAGAUUCUACUACAGUUCCACUUAGAAAGUAAUCCUGAUAUACAAAUGCGUGAAAAAGCACAGCAAGUCUAUAUAUUAGACACCAAAGAUGAGGUAAUAUCAAUAGAUUUUUGUUCGGACUAUGUUACAAAUAUAGAAGGUGUACUCCUGCCAAUAUUUAACAAAGAUAAUUAUAAGUUUUACAAGCAAACGGAUGGUUCGUAUGAUAAAAUAGUAAAAGUAGACUCAACCAAAGUAAAUCUGCGUAGUAUUGGUAUGGGCAUAGAAUCUGGCAAAGCUAUUUGCCUUUCUGGACCAGUGGGUUGUGGUAAAACUACGCUCGUAGAAUAUUUAGCACGCAAGACAGGUCACAUAUGUCCAAAGCCUGCAGAAUUACAAAAUGUUGUAAGUGGCAAGGAAAAUCUUGUCAAUGGAAAUAUUCAUAAGGAACCAGUUAUUAUUGGAAACAAAAGAAAAUCUAAUACUGAUGAAAUAAAUAAUGAUUUUGAUAUGGAUAAAGAUAGUGUAAGUCAAACAAAUGGAUUUCUGCGUAUACAGUUAGGAGAUCAAACAGACAGUAAAAUGCUACUAGGACAGUAUCGAUGUACGGAUGUUCCCGGUGAAUUCAUUUGGUUACCUGGUGUUUUAACUCAAGCCGUUAUGAAUGGUUUUUGGUUACUUCUAGAAGAUCUAGAUUCAGCAACGCAGGACACAUAUAUGAUUUUAAGCAGUCUACUAGAGAAUAAGUUUUUAAGUGUGCCUGGCUUUAGAGACUGCGUUAAAAUUGAACCUGGAUUUCAACUAUUCGUUACUGUGAGAACCAACAAGUCGUCAAUAAAUUCUGUUCAAAAAUCAGUACACUCGCUUUUGGAAAAAUAUCUCUACACGGUCAACAUCUUGCCAUUAUCCCGAAAUGAACUUUGUAAAGUUGUCAGCACAAAUUAUCCAAAAUUAUCAACUGUAGCAAAUCGCAUUGUGGAUGUCUUUCUUACAUUUUCCAGCGGAAAUCACACUUCUGCAGAUAAUUUACGUCGACAAGAAACUCAGGAUAAAGCCGAUACUGGACAGAAAUUUGUGCAGUUACCAUGUGAAGAACUAGAUUUUUCAAUUAUAAUGAACUCUGGUCGUUGUGUAUCAACGCGAGAUCUCAUUAAGUUGUGUCAACGAUCUAGUCCUAUGUUUUCGGUUACAAGCGCAGAAUGUGCAUACUUCGUAUUCCAAAAUGCAGUUGAUUUAUUCUGUUCUUAUCUGCCGCAAAGUAUCGAAAAGACUAAACUAAUUACAAGCAUAGGUGCGAAAUUAGGUAUAAUACGAUCACGUUGUGAACACUACGCAGAUGUAUAUAAACCCGAAGCCGUAGUUGACAAUAACCAAAUAAAUGUUGGUCGAGCUAAAUUAAUUGUUAAAGAGCAAGUGAAUCCCUUCGACAAGUCUGAUGAUAAUAGUGAAAAUUUUACAUUAAAAAGACAAAAGCUCACGGAAAAUUCUGAAAAAAUAUUAAAUACUCUUUCUAUGAAGAAAUCCGGAAAUACAUUUUCAUUCACACGUAUGGCUUCAUGUAUACUGGAACGUAUUGCCGUGUGUGUCCUACAUGCGGAACCAGUGCUUUUGGUUGGUGAAACUGGUGUAGGCAAAACGUCGUCAGUACAGUAUUUGGCAGAGCGCACCCAGCAUAAGUUAGUAGUUGUAAAUAUGAACAAUCAAUCGGAUGUAUCGGACUUAGUUGGUGGUUUUAAACCUGUUGAUUUGAUAUAUAUAUUAGCACCACUUCGUUUUGAAUUCGAGGCUUUAUUUCGUAAAACUUUCAAUCAAAUAAAAAACGAAUCUUUUCUCAAUAAGUUUUGUAUAUGCUACAAUCAAGGCAACUUUCCAACACUCGUCACAAUAAUGCAUAACAUAUGUCUAAAGGUUUUUGGUAAAGCUGAUCGCAACGAACUAAAACAAAAGGAAUUGGAUCUGUUGCCGCAAUGGGAACAGCUCAAAGUUAAAUUGAUAAAACUCAAAUCACAACUUGCAAAAUCCAUUAACAUAUCCUUUGCCUUCAUACCUGGCUCUUUAGUUAACUGCAUCAAAAAUGGUGAUUGGGUUUUAUUGGAUGAAAUUAAUUUAGCGUCUGCAGAGACUUUAGAAUGCCUCUCAACAAUUUUGGAACCUGAUGGAUCGGUAAUAUUACUAGAGAAAGGUGAUUUUAUGCCAGUUAAACGACAUCCUGAUUUUCGUAUAUUUGCUUGUAUGAAUCCAAAUACAGAUAUUGGCAAAAAAGAUCUUUCAGUUGGCAUACGAAAUCGUUUCACUGAAUUUUUCGUAGAUGAACUCACAACUGAUAGUGAUCUAACACUUUUAAUUAGCGAUUAUUUGGGUAAUACUGGAAUACAACGUAAGUCAGUGACAAGUAUUGUUAAACUUUAUAAAAAACUGAAGGUGCUAUCAAGAUUAGAGUUAAAUGAUGGUUUAGGAAAUAGACCAGUUUUUUCACUACGUACUCUAUGUCGGUCUCUACGAAUUUGUGCUAAAAAUUUAUGUGGCUCUAUUGAACGCAAUCUAUACGAAAGCUUUUGCAUGAGUUUCCUUACACAACUAGAUCCUGUAUCACACAACAUUGUUAUAAAUUUAAUUAAAGAAGCGUUACUUAGUAAUCCAAAAGUUGUCUUAAAUAAAGCUAUACCAAGCCCAGGCGAAGACUAUUUAAAUUUUGAAGGUUAUUGGAUUCAACAAGGACCAAAUGAGUUACAAGAAUGUGAAGGCUACAUUCUCACUGAUAGCGUUAAAGAGAACUUAAAGGAUCUAUCGCGCAUUAUAUCCAUAGGCAAGUUGCCUAUAUUGUUGCAGGGACCUACCAGUGCAGGAAAAACAAGUCUGAUACAGUAUGUAGCAAAAAAAAGUGGUAACCAUUGCUUACGAAUCAAUAAUCAUGAACACACUGACUUGCAAGAGUAUAUUGGCACCUACACUGCAGAUGUGAGUGGAAAGCUUAGCUUCCAGGAGGGUGUGUUGGUACAAGCAAUGCGAAAUGGAUAUUGGAUAAUACUUGAUGAAUUGAAUUUAGCUUCAAGUGAUAUUUUAGAAGCACUUAAUCGUGUACUAGACGACAAUCGUGAGCUGUUUAUACCAGAAACACAAAAAGUAGUGAAGGCUCAUCCUAAUUUUAUGCUAUUUGCUACACAAAAUCCGCCGGGAUUAUAUGGUGGCCGCAAAACACUAUCGCGAGCAUUUAAAAACAGAUUUAUUGAAUUGCACUUUUCUGAUAUACCUAGAAAGGAAUUGGAAAUAAUUUUAGAGAAACGUUGUCUUAUACCAACAUCCUAUGCCAAAAAAAUGGUUUCAUGCAUGACUGAUCUGCAGAAGCACCGUAAGAGUACAAGUAAAAAUGUGUUUACACUACGUGAUCUUUUCCGUUGGGGAAAUCGUUAUACAUUUGCUGAUAAAAACUUAUUAAACGACUCGAAGUACGAUUGGAAUCAACACCUUAUUGAGGAAGGGUAUUUAGUACUCUCGGCUAAAGUCCGUACGGAAAUUGAAAUAGAAAUUAUUGAAGAAACUUUAUACAAAAACUUUAAAAAACGCAUUGGCAUAGCACGUCUCUUUGAUAUAAAUGCCGAAGAAAAUUCUCCAGUUACUAAGGGCAUCAUUGAUGAUAUAAGAACACUUAAGAGGCGAAGUGAUAUCGUUUGGACAAGAAAUAUGACGCGUAUGGCAGUGCUUACAGCUAAGGCUUUGCAAUUCGAUGAACCAGUCCUAUUAGUUGGCCCAACUGGUUGUGGUAAGACAACAGUUUGUCAAAUUCUUGCUGACAUACGUGGUGUGCAAUUGCGUAUAUUAAAUUGUCAUAUGCAUACUGAAGGUGCUGACUUCUUAGGCGGCUUGCGUCCUUGUCGGGAAAAUAGCAAUGAAAAUAACAAAGAUAAUACUCAAGGUAAAAAAUUGUUUGAGUGGGCGGAUGGACCUCUUAUUUAUGCUAUGCAGGAAGGUUCAUAUUUCAUGGCGGAUGAAAUUUCUUUAGCCGAAGAUUCUGUACUUGAAAGAUUAAAUUGUAUUUUAGAGCCGGAGCGUACUGUGCUACUAGCUGAAAAAGGUGGCGUGACUGGAGAGGUUGAAGAUCUCAGCAAAGAUUUUAUUAUUCAAGCGAAAAAAGGUUUUCAAUUUCUGGGUACUAUGAAUCCUGGUGGUGAUUUCGGAAAAAAAGAACUUUCGCCAGCAUUACGGAAUCGUUUCACAGAAAUCUGGUGUCAGCCAUCUGACACAAAAGAGGACCUAAUACAAAUUGCAGGAAACUGUAUGCUUGAACAUUAUAAGCUAAAUAUAUCGAAAGAUGAAACUAUGUUGAUAGCAAAAUACUUGAUUGAAGUCGUAUUUCACAUGCGAAAUGUGGUAGAAAAAUUUAAAUUUUCCAUACGAGAUAUAUUAGCAUGGGCCAACUAUAUAGUGAGUAACUCGGAAUUAAGUUUUGCUGAAAAGGCUAUAUUUGGUUUAGAAACAGUCUUUCUUGAUGCACUGGAAAUGCUGCCACAUGAGUCACUACAAAAAGUUGAAAUGCUGAAAAAUAAUAUUAAAAAUGUGGCUGUUAAGGAAGCAGAAAAAAUAUUAAAUGAAAAUUUCACAUUAUUGGAAUUGGAAUCGAAAAGAGGAACGAAAGUUAUACAAGACAAUGGAAAAUUUGGUAUUAAACCAUUUUUUAUUGACACAAAUACAACUGCUUCUCUUUUGGCGACUAAUAACUUCUUAUUUGAAGCUCCAACAACAAAGAGUAAUUUGUUCCGUUUACUAUCUGCGUUGUCACUGAAGAAACCUGUACUACUUGAAGGCCCUCCUGGUGUGGGAAAAACAUCAAUAGUUGAAAGUAUUACGCAAGCCAUUGGUUUUAAUAUUGUACGGAUUAAUCUUUGCGAACACACUGACUUAGCAGAUCUUUUUGGCACAGAUUUACCAGCAGAAGACAAUAUAUUGGGAGCUGAAAUAGAUGAAAAAGACUCUGUAAACACAAUCGAUCCUAAGCUCGGUGCAUUUGUUUGGCGUGAUGGUCCGCUUUUAGCUGCUCUUAAAGCUCAGAAUACAUGGAUAUUGUUGGAUGAAUUAAAUUUAGCACCUCAGUCUGUUUUGGAAGGCUUAAAUGCAAUUCUAGAUCAUCGUGGUGAAGUGUAUAUACCAGAACUAAAUAAAACAUUUUUAUUAAGUAAUGAUACAAGAAUUUUCGCUUGUCAAAAUCCAUUGAAGCAAGGGGGUGGACGGAAGGGUCUGCCGCAAUCAUUCUUAAAUCGUUUUAACAAAGUGUACUUGCGAAAACUUAGUACAGAAGAUUUAUUAUACGUGGUUAAUGGAAAAUUUCAUCAAUACUUUGAACAAUUGCGUACAGGUUUUGCUGAACUACUUCAGAGCGCUGAAAUAUACAAAGCAAACUUGUUUGAUUUAUAUAAAGCUUCCAAUGGUGUUGGAGUAGAUACUGCAGAAGGUGCACGUAUAAGUGCUGCAGAUGUGACGUUUGAUCUGGCUGCGAGACUAGUUAAAUUUUCCGAAACUUUAGAUAAAGGUAUUGCUGCUAUGGAAUUUGGUUACCGUGGAGGACCGUAUGAAAUCAAUUUACGUGAUAUUUUACGUUGGUGUGACUUGUUAGUUAAUCCUCAAACUGGAUUUACAUUUAAACUAGGGUCAAAUACAUCAAAUUCCGAUUUGUUCCAAAGGAACUUUGAAUUAUUUUUACUCAUCUUAUAUGAACGCAUGAAACUUGUUUAUUAUCAACGAAUGCGAUGUGACCAAGACAAGGCAUUUAUACGAAACGCAUUUGGUAAAGUAUUUAAUUGUGAUGCAGAUAGAUUAAAUGCACUUUCUGAAGAUGUGGCGCUAUAUUGGACCGAGGAUAAACUUUACUUAAACGAUAUAGUGCUCGAUCGUGAAUAUUUAGAUGAAUCUAUGCUUAUAAUGCAGCAAAAACAUUCGUGUCCAUUGUUACUUGUAUCACAACGAGAAAUAUUAAAAAAUCUGAUUGAAUGUGUGCACAUGGAGAAGCCAGUAUUGCUUUCCGCACCUACAGAUACUGGAAAAACGAAGUUAAUUGAUGCACUUUGUAUAAUCUCAAAUCAAGUUUGUAAUACAGAUCAAAUCGAUGAUUCAGUAACAGGCAGCUUCCAACAGGUUGACCUAAACCGACAUUUAGAAGUUAUAUCACAAAAUGUUGAAAAUCUAUUACUUAGAUAUAUACAAGACUCCAUAUUUGAGAAAGUCUCCGGGAAAGUGAUAACAAAAUUACUAAACUCAUGGAGUAAUUACAGCAGGCUUGCAAAUCAUAAGCCAGAACUCGGUAAUUUUACAGACACCUCUAAAGAAUUAAAUGCAUUCCGGCAACGUGUUCAAUUGCUGAGUUUGGUAAUUGAGGAGCUGGAACAAGCUACAAUAUUAACAACUACUGUCGGGUUUAAUAAAGCGAAGCUCCAGCAACAACAAAAUCUUCUUGUGGUGCUCACAAAUUAUAUACGCUAUGCUGACACAUUAAACACUGGCGGUUCUUUUGAAUGGAUUGAUUCCAAAAUUGUGAAGUCACUUAAAAUCGGUCAAUAUAUAUUGCUUGAACAUGUAAAUCUUUGCUCUUCAGCCAUAUUGGAUCGUCUAAAUCCGGUUUUUGAACCCAAUGGUAAACUGUUAAUAUCAGAAAAAGGUAUUUCAGCGGAUGAUAGCGCUGAAAUUGUAAAGAAAUCAGAUAAUUUCAGAGCAUUUCUAACCACUGAUCCCAAAAAUGGUGAAUUAUCACGUGCUAUGCGAAAUCGCUGUAUAGAAUUAUCAUUACCUAAAGACUAUUACACCACAGAUGAUAUGCGUAUGAUUGUAUACACACAGGGCGUGCGAGCUAUUAAUGACAUUGAAAGUAUUCUAAAUAUACAUAAACGUAUUGUGCAUUUAACAGAAAUUAAUAAUUACAACAUAUCACAUUUAACGCAAUUUGCAUUCUUAGUAGCUUCCUAUAAAAGAAUUGGUUAUGAUACACAACGCGCCAUCUAUGUUAGUGGCAUGGAAGUUUAUGUAUAUUCCGCUAACACGGAUUUAUUGGGUCAUGGUUUAACAUAUUAUCAGAAUAAACUAAGAGAAAUUGUGCUCGAAUCCACAAAAUUCGCUGAAGAACAGAUUAUAGAAAGAAAGGAAGAUCAUUUGGCAAAUGUCAUUUUAUACUGCAGUCAACUUGAUGAGAUAACUAUGAUAAAACUACAAACUGAAGCUUUAAAAAUUUUGUUAGAUAUGAAUGAAAGAAAAGAUAAUAAUCUAAGUUUGUUAUUUAAAGAAUUUAAAGAAAUUGACUUUACAUGUCUUGACAAUAAACAACUUGUACAAUUUUUUAUAUAUAUUUUAUAUGAAACAAGCACAAUAAAAGACGUAAAAUUACGUUUUCUGUAUUUAAAAAAUGUCCUCUCUGAACAUAAAGAAUUGCAACAUCUGUCAGAAGUACUUCAUAAUACUAUAGAUCUAUAUAAAACUAAUGUAACUGUUAAAUUACAUAAUUUGCCAUGGAAUAUGACAUUAUUUCCACGCAUACGUGAUUAUACUUCACAAAUUGAAGAAUCCGGUACUACCAAUGUGUACAGCUUUAAUUUAAGUUCAUUGCUUAUUUUAGAGUUACUACUUGAUAGUGUACCAAAUGAGGAAUUCGCCCAUUUGUAUGAAGCGAAUGCUUUUACCUACUCAAAAGCAAUAGCAACUGAAAUAUUUCCGGAUAAGUUCAACAACAAACUCCUUUUACAUCUAUCGACUUUUCUAACAAACCUCACGAAUACUCUUAAGUCUGUUGUAAAUAAAACAAAUAUUGAUAUCAAGACCUUCGUAAUGCUACAAAGAGCGGUGCUCUAUUACAAUCGCUUGCUGUUUACUGCGAAGCAAAAUCUUUUCAUUAAUAAACAAUUAAAUAAAGAUUUAAUUGAUAAACUUGUUCUACACUUUAAAUGGUUAAACAAACAUCUAUUGAGUCACUUUGAAGAGCUUCAUACAGGCACCGGUCAACAACAACAUGCUACCUACGAAACUAGCUUACAAGGCAUUACUGAUUAUAUAGACAAUGUUAAGCAUUCGUUAGUACUGACACGCAAAUUAUAUACGAAAGAAAUGACACAAUUUCAACCUCUUUUCGAUUUGGAACAGGUACAAUUCAAUGCGAUUACAGAUAAAUGUGAUAAAUUACUUAGUGUUAUCCCAUCCUAUGGAUCACUGAGUGCUGCUAUUAUAUUAAAGAAGUUCAAUGCGCAAAAAUCCAGCAAUGCACGCCAACUACAUGCUUUAUUACACCAGUAUCAGCACAACAAGUUCGACUAUAAUUUUAAAGAAAUCCUUACUAAUCAUACUUAUGGUAAUGAACUGCCAGAAGAGCUUAAGUCAUCAUUGCAAGAGUUUAAUAUCGAAAUAAAUAAUGCUAAUCCUCAGACUGUAUCAACAGAUUUUAGUGACAUUAAUACGAAACUAAGAUCUUUGGAAGAGUUUAUUAGUACAGAAGAAUCAACAGUCGAUGAAAGCAUAAAAGAAAUGGAGCUAUCAGUAAUAUGCUUAAAAGAAUAUUAUUUGUUGAAAGCAUUGCUGAGUGAUUUGAAUAAUAGCUCAAUCGGGGAUAGGUAUAAAAUUAAUGAGCUUUACUAUGAACAAUUACACAGUCUCAGUAAUGUUACACGACAAUUUUUAAAAUUAAAUCAAACCGAAAAAUAUAAGAGUUUCCACAAAAUCUGGUACCACUUAGAAAAAUAUAUCAACAAUAUAUCAAAUAGUGAUGAAUUCGAGCGUUUAUUAAAAUAUCUGAAUAGUGGUUACAAAAGUAUUAGCACAUUUAAGCGAUUAGUGUCAAGUGCUGUCAACGAUAUUCAAUUAAAUAGUUUAGCUACUCGCUUCAGUGUAGUGCAAACUCUUAGCAGCGGUGCUGAAGCUGAAAGUCUUUACAGUUAUGAAGGACCAUAUUUAUUGAAUAUAUUAAUUCAUACCGUCUUUCAAAAUGAUGGCAGUUUGAAACCUGUGCCUUUGCAAGACCUAGAAUUGUGGAAACACACUCUCUCCGAUAUAAAUCAACUCAUAUGGCAAAAUUCUCAUACCAUGUCCACAUCAAGCGCAUUAUUAAUUAACAAUUACGCUUCCACAACUAAGAUGGCUACUAAACUAUUGAAUGAAAUGACAUAUAUUGAAAAGCUAUGCGCAAGUAAGGAAACUGAAAGCGCUACUGAUUAUAAUAUUGGCUAUAAAAAAUUAAAACAAAUGCUAACAGAUGCACAGGUCAAUAUGGUCACAUCUGCUGACGUUGAUUUUAAACAUAUAUCCAUAAAAUAUUGUAACAUACAAUACCAAACAUCAUAUGUAAAUGCAUUAAUUGGUGCAAUAGAACUUUGUCUGCUGACAUAUGCUCCACUCAUUGAUCCAGUAGAAAAGAAUCGCUUAAAACACUUAUACAUAGUAGAAGAUAUCAAUUCUCUGACCACAAUGAGUACAGUAUAUGACUUUAUGAGGAUUAUAAUGCAUUACAAACACUUCGGUGCAGAUAUUUAUGCGGAAUUAGAAGCACACUUAGGUGUCCUUAAAGACAAAGAGCAAAAGUUUAUACAAAAAGUAGCAUUGCGUCCCGCAAAAUGUCUGUACAGCGCUUUAAUUCAGGAUAUCAAGCAUUUCUUGAGCACAAAUUGUGAGCCGAAAUCAUUAUGUGCACUCAUUGAAAAUGCUUCGCAUAGUUGGCACAACUUAACCAGUGACGUGCAUACAACAAAGUCAACAGAAGCAAUACAAACUUGCACGGAAUCAUUGAACAAAAUUAAACUGUGGAUAGCAAACUCACAGCAUUUUAUCAAUCAUAUACUGAAACCAUAUGCCGAUUACUAUCAAGACUUUUUGCAACCAAUAAAGUGUGCUGUGGAACAACUACGCUUUGGUUUUGAAGGCUUGAGAGUUGUACUGACCCAGGUUAAUAGUGCUUUUAUGACGAAAGAUAUGACACAUGAAGUUACAAAUAUUAAUAAAGAAGGCAAAUUACACAAAGUUUUGACAAACAUAGUAACGUUUCCAGCAGUGGAAACUUUGAACAUAUUUAAUGUGCAUUCCUCUCGAGAUAUAUUCGCAAAUCGUGCUGCUAUCUUCAGCAUAUUAGAAAAACUUCCCAACAGUGAAUUAGUCUAUUUUCAAUUGUUGAAAGCAAAACUCUCUGAACUGCGUAACAUAAUAACCAUUUCGGAAAAUAUAAAUGAAGCGAACUUUACGGAAUUGGACUUUGCUUUUAAUAUUUGCAAUCAAAUCUGGCAAAGCGAGGAGGAACGAAGACGUAAGCAGAAAAUUGAAGAAGAAAGCAUUUAUGUUACUAAAACUAAAUGUGCAACGGAAGAUGAAGAAUUGUUGGAACUUAAGGAAAUUGAAGAAUAUUUCCCCACGAAUGUGGAGGAAGAUUUCGGAGAAUUUAUGUUAGAAGACACAUUAGAAAAAGUCAUCAAAUUGGAAAAGAAGCAAGACUUAAAAACAAAAUCACUCCAAAUCAUUCGAGAGGACGACUAUGCAUUUUUAGGAAAAUAUUUUAUAAGCGUUAUGACAUAUUAUACUCGCAUUCAUUAUCAUAAACCAAAUUUAAAGGAACUAAAUAAAAUUAAUUUGGAAAUCCUUACACCCUUUAAGCAAAGACUGAACGUUUUCGUAAGCCUAUUUACACAGUACAAGAAUUGUCUUAACGAUGUCCUGGAUGAUAAUGCUUACAAUAGUUUUGCGUUCUUAAUUGGCUUACAACAAAAAAUGCUACGUAGCUCAAGCUUAAACGAUGAAAAAAGUACUAGAACAUACAAUUUUUACAAGGAUUCCAAUUUGUCAGAAAUAUUAACAUGUACUGAUGUCUUGAGUCGUAUAGAGGUACGUGUAAUUGAGCAACUGGAACUUUAUCCUGAACAUGCUAGUUUGAUUGACAUAAAGUGUGUAAUUGAACGCAUACGUUUGCUGCCUUCGACAUCACCUGUGGCGCGCUUCAACACUGGUUUUCAGUUAUUACGUCAGAAGGUCUCUCAAUGGAAUGAGGUGGCGCAUAAAAACAAUAAUUUACGAGAUGAAGAAAUCGAAGUGGCAGAGUUUGUGCAAAAGUGGAUGAAAUUGGAAUUACAAUUUUGGCGGAAUUGUCUUGACCAAACCUAUGAGAAGAUUGAGUCACAAGCUUAUAAAUAUUGGUUCUUCAUUUAUAAUUUAAUUCAAGAAUUCAUUCUGGAUCAUGAAGUAGAUAGUACCUUCACUCAAAUGAAGUAUGCAGAAAAACGUUUUGCGGAAGGUGAAAUACUUGAUCAGGUUGAUAUCGCUCAAAAAUCGAAAGUGACUGCAAGUGAAAUCAUUCAAAUAUUGCGUCAAUUUGUGGAAGUUUCCUGUUAUGGUGACUUUCACAUUAGAAUGCAGCUAUUGCAAGCAUUCGAAUUAUAUCUACACAAUAUAGACAAAAACUCUGUUGUCCUUUUGACAGAACAGAAAAGACUUGAACUUAUUUCUGGUUUGCACAAUUUGCAAUUAUAUUUUUCACAAUUUGCCACCGAAAUUGAAGAAUCCGCAACAACAAUGCGCGCUCCUAUUGAGAAGAAAUUGAAAGAACUGGUCAAAAUUGAAAGCUACAAUAAGGACUUAUCUUACUUCAGCAUGCGUAGCAAUGUAGCACGUGUUCAUCGUAAUUUAAAUAAGUUCCUUAAGGAAUAUCAAAGCGGAUUACAACAAAAAAUUACACCUGUAUUUCAGCCCAAAGAUGCUACCGUCAAGGACUAUAAUUUUGAAAAUGAAAAAGGCAAGGAUCUACGUUACGAUAGCAGAAUGAAGUAUUAUCUACAAGUGCCGAAAUUAUUUGUGGCAGCUGAGAAGUUGGGUGAAAAAUAUGCUUCUCAGUCAAUCUCUGCGGAAGGAGAGAAGACGCUGCUAAAUAAAGUAGUAAAGCAUUUUUCAACUGCUAGAAAUGUGGUUAAAGAAACCGUAACAAAUGCUGUAUAUUCAAAACUGAUUGUGGCACUAGACAUACAACUAUGCAAGCAACUGGAGAACUGUGAGCACUUGCGCAGCCUGACCGUUGAUCGCUCGAAAGAGAGACCAAAACAAAUUUUGGAAGCAAAACAAAUCUUACAACAGAAACGUAAAGGUCUAACAGAUUUAUUCAAAACUCUACAACAGUUGGGUAUAAGCUAUAAAAGCGGUCUGAUGGAAUUAUCCUUCCGUACCGAAUUUGAAGACUAUACUUUGCCACCAUUCUGCAUUAAAACCAUGCUUAACGCAUUCAAAGAACGACGCUUACCCACGUGUAUCUUACAUUUAAAUGAAAAUUUGGAUAAAUAUUUUGCGAAAUGUGUGUUUAAAUUAAGGCUUUUACAAAACAUCAUGCUUACUCCCCUCUCUGAAUUAGGGCUACCAAACAUUGAACGCAUGAAAGGUAAUGCUGUCGGUUUGUUUUUGUUGGCGCAAGAGCAACGCCAGUUAUUAGCUAAAACGACUAAAAACAUUUAUGAUUUACACGCGAUGUUACAGCAAAUUAAGAACAUUGCUGAAAUCAUUUCGCCCAACGAAGUAAAUAAUGAAAAUCUUGACUUUACUCUAUACGAUAACACAUACCAAGCCCUUAAGGAUGCCGUUAGUCGUGUACUAUAUGUGUAUGAGCAGUUUAAGCUUCUUCUUAACUGUGCGCCAAGUGAUAAUUCGGAUGUCCAUAACGUGAUCACAAACGAUCAAGUCAGUUUAUUGCAAAGUUCCCCACACUUGUCGAAAGUAAAUACGGUCAUCGAUAUGGUUAUGCAGAUUGCGAAGAACACCCUACGAGAUAUGAAUAAAAUGGAUGGAAACUUCUUAAGUUUUGUUAAACUAAAAGAAUAUCAAAGUGCACAUACUGAACUGAUCGAACUAACAAAGCAAAUAAUAGAUAUAUUAAAAUCAAUACAAAGCGGAGAGUACCUUCCAAUGGCCAAACCUCUCAUCGAACUACUUGAAGCGGUUGCAGUUAUUCCACAAAAUACACAAAAUGUGGAAUCACUGGCAUCAUUUGAAAAUAUUAACAAUGAAUUAGAAAACAUAUUACAUGUUAUGUUACUUGCAUUGCAGAAACUCUAUAAAAAACAUCCCAAGCCUAAUUUGGACAAAUCAACAGACACGAAUAAAACUGAUGACUCAGAUAAUUUAGAAGACGAAGCAGAAUUACAAGAACAGCAUUUAAAGAAGAAAUUGCACGGCGAACUGAUAGAAGAUUGGGAAAUUCUUAAUAUGUCCACUGUAAUUGAGAAACUUUCCAAUAUACUUACUGCAUUAAAACAUGCGGAACCAACACAACAAAAAAAGAUUUAUCUGAAUAAGGUAGUCACUAUUCUACCCAUUCUGGAGCAACACAAUCUACUAGCUGAAUUUUAUCUCUGCCAACAACUUGGAGCUCACAAGAUAACUGCAAAAAUGCUAUCAGUUAUGUUAACAGUAUUUAUUGAGAUUAGUACUAAAGGGUUCUGUGUGCCAGCUGAUUUAAUGCAAGAUGAGGAGGGUGAGUCGAAAAAAGAUCAAAAAGAAGGUGAAGGUUUUGGCUUAGAGGAUGGUACAGGUGAGAAAGAUGCUUCAGAUAAAAUAGAAUCAGAAGAUCAGCUUGAAGAUGCGAAACGACCUGAAGAUCGCAAAGAUGACGACGAUAAACAGCAGGAGGAUUGCAAAGAAGAGAAAGGCAUAGAAAUGAGUGAUGAUUUCGAUGGUAAAAUGCAAGACAUCGAAAAGCCAGAAAAUGAGGAAGAUGACAGUGGAGAGUCGGAAGAAGAAGAAGAUUUAAAUAAAGAAAUGGGUGAAACCGAAGACGGUGCUGAUAAGUUAGAUGAUCAAAUUUGGGGAGAUGAUGAAGACCAAGAAAAAGAUGAAGAUGAAAAUGAAAUGAAUGAAGAGGAUGAUGGUAAAGGAACAAAAGAUGAAAAAGAUUCACAUAACGAUUUAGAUACCAAAAAUGAUGCGGCCAAAGAGGACGGAAAAGAUGAACAUGAUAAAGAUGGGCUUGAUGCCACAAGUGAGCCAAAAGGUGAUGAUAAGCGUAAGCAACAAGAGAAAGAUAUAGAUGAUAUGAAAGAUCCAGAAGUUGAUGAAGAUCAAAUAAAUCCAUAUCAUAAUGAAUUAGAAGAGCCACCUGAAGCAGAAGAAAUGGAUUUGGGUGAAAUGAAUAAUGUCGAUGAAGAACACGAUGGAGAUGAACAGAAUGAAGGUGAAAAUCCAUUUGAUAUUGAUAAAAUGAAAGAAAAUAUGGAACUACCAGAAGAAACUGAAAAUGAAAAUGAAAAUACUGACGAUAUUGAAGAAGAGAACGAAGAGGCAAAAGAGGCAAAUAAUAGUAGUGACUCUGAAGAUGAUGAUGGUGUUGGUGAAACAGAAAAACAUGAUGAAAAUAAUGUAAAUGAAGAUGAAAAACAAGAAGAGCAAUCUAAUGAGAAAGAUACCGAGCCUGAUUCUCAAACACGUGGAGAUGUAGAAAAUGAGAAAAUUGAAGAGGAAGAAGUAGAGAAAGAAACUGAAAAUGCUGAAAAACCUGAAGAACAUGAGCAAUCUAAAGAUAAGUCUAGUAAAGAAGAUAACGUGCAAUCUAUACCCGAAACAGAAAAUAAAGGUUCUGCUGAUCAAGUAUUAAAUGAAAACGAAGAAGAUGUUAAGCAGGAACAAAAAUUAGACGAACAAGAAACUGGUGAAGAAAAAGAUGGUGUUGGACAAGCAGAAAAUGAUGAAAAUGAUGGCGGUCAUCAAGGUAUUGCUGAAACAAAAGAAAUGAUUUCUAAGGACGAAAGAAAAAAUGAGCGAAAUACCAAAGAGAAACGCAAGCAAGGCAAAACAAAUGAAGAACGAUCAUUAGGAGAAGCUGAGCAAAACAAACUUAAGCAGUUGAAAACUAUUGAUAAACUAAAGGAACAAAAAGAAACUGAGAGUGAGAUUAACACGCCAGAAGAUGAAGACGUUGCCGCUGAAGAGUAUCAACAUGUAAAGGAACCGAAAAAAAGUGAUAAAACUACUUUAGAUAAUGCUACUGAGGAACAAUCAAAAAAUCUGCAGCAUCAACAAGAUAAAGAAGAUGAAAAUGAACCAGAGUGUGAAAAUAAUGAUGAACUUAUGGAAGAAGAUGAAAAUGAAAAUUUAAACAAUGAAGAGGACAUACACGAUAUGGAAGCCGAAAAGUUUGAUCAUAAAUCAGAAAAGCCCUCAAAAACAGAGAAGGUUAAGGAAAGAAUUGAAACGGAUGAACAAAUGGAAAUUGAAGGUGAAGUUGUAGAGACAAUGAAUGUGCCACGUGGUACUGAUACUACAGCCCAUUGCAUUAGCGAAAUACUUUUAGACAACUCUGCGCAGGCGCAAGAGUUAACUCCAGCAGAGACAUUGGAAUUUAGAAAAAUGUAUCAACAACAAAUAGUAGGCAAUCAGUCGGCAAUACCACAACAUGAAGAUUACGAAACAUGGCAAACAAUAUCAAAUCGAAUGUCACAAAAUGCCAGAGAUUUAUGUGAGCAACUACGUCUUAUUUUAGAACCAACCAAAUGCACACGACUCAAGGGCGAUUAUCGUACCGGACGACGAAUUAAUAUGAAAAAAAUUAUUCCGUACAUUGCUUCACAAUUUCGUAAAGACAAAAUCUGGCUAAGACGCACUAAACCAGCGCAACGUGAUUACAAAAUUACUAUUGCUAUUGAUGACUCAAAAUCAAUGCAUCACAACAACUCUAAAACAUUAACACUCGAAGCUAUUUCCUUGGUUUCUCAAGCGUUGACAUUACUAGAAAGCGGUCGUCUUAGUAUUGUCUCCUUUGGUGAAACACCACAAAUUAUAUUGAAUCACACUGAACAGUUCGAUGGUCCCAAACUUGUGAAUUCUCUGUGCUUUGCACAGAAUGAAACAAAAAUCGCAGAUUUGCUUGAUUUCAUAAGAACAAUAAAUACUGAAGAAAGUAACGUAGGGUCAGAUAAUGGUCUAUUUGAAAAUCUAUUAUUAAUACUUAGUGAUGGUCAUAAUAUAUUCAGAGAAGGCAAGAUAAAGGUUAAAAAUGCAGUAAAACUGGCGCGAUUACAAAGGAUUUUUUUAGUCUACAUAAUAAUAGAUAAUCCUGAAAACAAGCAUUCUAUAUUGGAUGUCCAAGCUAUGGAAAUGCUGCCGGAUAAAAGUGUCAAUAUUAAAUCGUAUAUGGACGAUUUUCCUUUUCCAUAUUACGUUAUAGUGCGAGAUUUAAAUCAGCUUCCAACCGUGCUAAGUGAGGCUAUGAGACAGUGGUUUGAAUUAGUAAAUAGUGAACAAUAAUUUUUUAGUUAUAAACUUUAAUUUUUUUAUUUGUAAAUAUGAAAUCUUUAUAAGAUAUUUUAAUCAUAUUAAAAUCGAUUA